AUCGUAUGCACAAAGUUCCAACUCAAUAGUCUUAUUUCUCUCGCGUUCUGUGCUACUAUCUAUCUAUAAAUAUAGAUCCGAACCAUAAGCUCAGAAGAAACAGCUACUUAGUCACAACACAAAAGAAAGUUAAAAAAUGAAUAGCUCCGUCAAGCCUCUCUUCCACCUUCCCAAGGUUGAAGAAGAAGAUGAAACAUCAGGAAUGACCAUGGCUUUUCAUGACAAUAAGAGGCACGAAUCUUCCUCUGUAACUUUCAGGAAUGCGGCAGAGACAGUAGUGCCACCAAAGAAGGUGAAAAGCAAGCCCAGAUCUGAAGACAUUAACGACAACGCAGAGGCUUUCAUAAGGAAAUUCAGGCAACAGCUGCUUCUUCAAAGAGUUGAGUCCAUAGAAUGAGCAAAUGCUUAAUAGUGGGAACAUAGUUAUGAGGCUGAAAAUGGGUGGAAAUGCAAACAAACAGCUGCCACGGACACUAUAUUUGACCGGUCAGUCAUUGUCCCAACUAACUCCACCUAAUCAAAAUGAAAAUUCCAAAGACUUGUUCUUCGUCUUCUUCAGUCAAAAGACAAAAUUCAGAAUCAUGAACUACUAUUAGCUUGUGAGGGGUGGAAGGAUUAUAUUGAUGGCGAACAAAGAGAGGGCGUUGAAACUAAGAGCAGCGGCGGAAGCGGCAGUGAAAGCAAUAGGGUUAGGGUAUGAUAUAGUGGAUGACUUGAGGUUGAAGUAUUGCAAGGAGGAGUGUAGGUUGAUCGCCAUUGAGGAUGAUCAGGUGCGAGACAUAGCUAUUCCUGGGGGAAUUUUGGUUCAGAAUGUUCCCAAGUCCAUCCAUUGCGAUAAAGGCGACCGCAUCAGAUUUACUUCUGAUCUUCUCUCUUUCCAGCAGAUGUCCGAACAAUUUAACCAGGAAAUGUCUCUUUCUGGUAAAAUUCCAAGUGGCCACUUCAAUGCUGCUUUUGAAUAUACCACUUGUUGGCAAAAAGACGCCGCCUACACAAAAGCUCUUGCUUUUGACGGGGUCUUCAUCACCCUCUACAAUAUUGCAUUAGAGAAGGCUCAAGUUGCACUCAAUGAUCAUGUUAAACAAGCUGUUCCUUCAUCUUGGGAUCCAGCAGCGUUGGCAAGGUUUAUUGAGAAAUAUGGUACCCAUGUUGUUGUUGGUGUGAAGAUGGGGGGAAAGGAUGUUGUAUAUGUAAAGCAGCAACAUUCAUCAACACUUCAGCCUGCAGAUGUACGGAAAAUGUUGAAAGAAGUGGCAGACCAAGGAUUUAGUGAUGCAAAUGAACAAUCCAGCACUAUACUGCUUGCUAAUAGUGACCAAGGGCUGCCCUUUGUGGAUUCCACUACGUCAACUCUUCAUUUUCACAAAGAGGAUAUUACAUUCCUCUGGAAGAGGAGAGGUGGAAGCAGUAUCAGAAAUCUGCCACAUAAAAGGUGGUAUCAAACUGUUCCAAUUGAACCUGAUGUGAUUUCAAUGUCAUUCAUUCCAAUAUCAUCAUUAUUGAGCGGGAUUGAUGGAAGUGGUUUUUUGAGCCAUGCAAUUAACUUGUACAUACGUUAUAAACCACCAAUUGAAGAGCUUUAUCAGUUUUUGGAGUUUCAGCUUCCAAGGCAAUGGGGACCUGUGUUUGGUGAACUUCCUCUUGGUCCCGAGAGGAAGCAGCAAAGUGGUAAAACCCUGAAGUUCAGUUUAAUGGGCCCCAAGUUAUAUGUUAAUACAAAUCCGGUGGAUGUGGGUAAUAAGCCAGUCGUCGGCCUUCGAUUGUAUUUGGAAGGCAAAAGAAGCAAUUGCUUAGCAAUCCAUUUGCAUCACCUUUCUUCCUUGCCAAAAAGUCUUCAAUUUCAGAAUGAAUCAUAUGGAGAUGCCAGCAGCUCUUCUGACCGGAGGUAUUAUGAGAAAGUCCAAUGGAAGAGUUUUUCACAUGUAUGCACUGCCCCCGUAGAAUCCGAUGAUGAUUCCUCGAUCGUCACAGGGGCCCAAUUUGAAGUUGGAGAAUCUGGUAUGAGAAAUGUUCUUCUUUUACGCCUUAAGUUUUCCAAAGUAUUAGGUGCCACAGUCAUAAAGAGACCUGAGUGGGAUGGUUCCCCUGCUCAGACUGAAAAAUCAGGAAUCAUCUCAUCUAUAAUAAGUUCCCAUUUUUCCUCCGCUCAAAAGCCAUUGCCACGACCAUCUGAAAUUCACAUAAACUCUGCACUUUAUCCGGAUGGACCUCCAAUGCCAGCACAAACCCGUAGACUCUUAAAGUUCGUUGACACGACAGAGAUGAUGAGAGGACCCCAGGAUCAACCUGGCUACUGGAUGGUGUCCGGGGCUAGGCUUGUAGUCGACAAUGGUAAGAUUUCUCUUCGUGUUAAGUUUUCUUUAUUAGCUGUUGUCUUGCCAGAUGAAGAGGAGCCAUUGCAAGGCUAAUAUAUAAGGGUGUAGAAAGGGGGAAAAAAUUGGCUGGAGAUUACUUAGCGUAUUUGUUAUUUUGUUACUGCAAUGUGAAAUAGUAGGAAUUUGUUAGGCAUAAAUUUCUCAUGUAUGAAUGGCUAUCGAUAAUGUACAAUCUGUAAAAAUGAUGUUCUUGUGAUUGUAAUAUAAUUUUUUUUUUUUU